UUGUUCGUUCAGCUUGGGGUGCAGGCGAAGCUGAGUUAUUCGCGAGGCCCCCGGUUCUCCAAAAGAGCUGCAAGCCGCAAGGAUCGUUGGGGGUGUUCGACGCAUCAGGCUGGGGCGUCGCAGAGCCUCGAGUCCGAGGCUGUUAUAUUAAGCGCAUCCCGCCUAAAAAUUCAGAUACUGCAUGCUGCAGCCUUGCCGAAAAUUUUGACACCCUUAAUCCAGAUGGACGUCAAUAUCGACUUCUUGAAAUGCUUUAGGAACAGUGCAGUGAAUCGUGAAGCAGUCUGGAAUAUCUGGGAAAAAUCAAUCAAAUUUCGCCAGGUACCGUGGUACAGCUCCAUCGAGAGAGCGAUAGCUGCGUAUUAUGAAGAUUUUGACAGCAACAAACGGGAUCCAGGACCGGAGCUUUGCACACUCUUGAAGGAAUGCCCAUCGGUCAGCAACACACCCGAUAAGCGAUGGCUUCUUUUCAGCACAGCGCUGGAUGCUGAGCGGGAGGACUGGCGCGAAAAUCAGAUUACCAACUAUCCACCAUUCAUUACAUGCAAAGCCCUAAGCGAUGCUUUCCCAGGAGAGCCUUUUCGACCUUUACGAAACCAGUCUAUGUUUGACAAAGCUGCAACAACCGGAGCUACGCCUCUGGUACAACACUUGCUUGGAAUCGUUGUCGAUAUCUUAGCCCAUUUAGGCCCGAAGGAUACAGAAAGAAACAAACUUGACGUUGAAAUGGGUGUAGCCCUACAACAUGCAACGGAUUCCCUACGGAUUGAGGCCAUGGAAGCCAUCCUCGAGAAAUUUCACAGUCUAGCCACCGACCAACGCAUCAGACAUAUGGUCAGGCUGAAUGCUGCCAGAGACCAAAGAAGUCCGUACCUGACUGAACUUGACACUGCUCUAGUAGCCAACGGAGAUAUCAACCGGCCACCUCCCCGUACUGAUUCCGAGAUCGAAAAACGAAGAACAGAUAAGGAUACUUUGAAGGCGUUCGACACAUUGUUAAGAACAAACCCGCAACUAGCCAGCGAGAGCACAUACGAGCAAGCAAUUAGACCGGGAUCAUCGCUCAUUUUCGAACAUCUCGUCGUCUCUUAUAUCGAUGACACCGAGGAGAAACUGCCUAAUUCCCGAAAUCUACGAGGUUACUUAAGAAACGUAGAAUCCGCCCAAUAUCUACUUGAACAUGGGAAUCAGCUCAUGUGGGAUAUAUAUUGCCAAAAGGUUCUUGGGGAUCAAAAAGGCUGGAUAGUUGAUGAUGAUGAUAGUGACGCUGGCCUACUUCUACGGAGUGCCGUUCGACAUGGGAAAGUUUACGCUGUAAGAUGGAUUCUCAAACAAUGCCCCAUACUAGCGGUACUACAAGUCAAGGAUGAAUAUCCAUUGCAAGCACUACCAAUCGACAAAGACGACGGGACGUGUAGGGAAAUCCGUAACCUUCUUCUCCCGACAAUGUUGCGCAUGGGGAAAAUGUACAUAAUUCGCAAGAUAUUGGACCUUUCCAAUGUCCACGUGAACGAGAUAACUCUACCUUUGUCACAGUUCAAUGCUCAGCAAUUCAACUUUCUGGAUUUCAUAUCCGGUCUCACCGGACGUGGGGAAGGCGGGACUACGGAAACAUCACGGCUUCAGUGUCUGAGGUUUGAACGGGUUCUUAAAUCAGUCGAUUUCCCAGACCUUAAUGGUCAGCUCGGAUCGAGUGUCGUGGAUGAUGUCCGAAAAGAUCAUCGAGAGGUUGAAGAUGUUCUUCAUUGGCUUUCCAACGAGAAGGGCGUUGAGGAAAUCAUUAACCUGAAAGUGCCUGAUCGCCUACAUUCUCCGCAUAAAGACUACAUGGUCAGGCAUUUCGUACAAAAGUAUAAGGUCGAGACGCUGGACUGGAGGAAGCUGGAUUUAUAUCUGGUUGACUACGACGAGGAUUGGAAACCUCUUCCACACCGCUGGGCUGCGUCUCUUCAAAAACUCACGCUUUAUUCCAGCGGAAAUACAGCUGUUCAUGAUCAUUGGAUGUCACAUCUGAGGCUGCUCAAGAAUCUACGGCAGGUCGAUAUUUACGUAGUUGAGGAAAGUGAUUUAGUUUCACUGAACGAAGCUUGAGCUAA